CUAAUAUCCCACGAUACAAUGCCCCCAUCUUGGACCCCUAAUUGAAUUUUAAUAUGGAAACUCCAUCAGUCAUACUUUAUACUACUUCCCCCGAGUUUUACCACGGAAUUCCUACAUUUACCUCUCGAGUCGCGACAUUUCCGACAACACCUGAAGGCAGCACCAGUGAAACGACAUGAGACAAGAGAGCGAGAGAGACCCAGAGGAACAGCGAGGAGAGAGAGAGAGAGAGAGAGAGAGAGAGAGAGAGAGAGAGAGAGAGAGAGAGGGGAACCUGUACUGUUCUACAACACAAGGGAGACAGGAAUUCGCCAGAGAUAAUAAUAAUUGUUGGCGAUAUUUGCAGAGUUGAAGCUCGGGUCGCUGUUGUCAGUCGCUGGAAGAUACAGUGUGUCUCCUCUUUAUCUCUGCUGGAUCUGGACUCUUUACAUUUGCUUUUGGAAAGCUGCACCGGUCUCUCUCUCUUCUUUUUUUUUUUUUGUGUGUGUGUGAGUGUUUGAGCCCAGCGGUGUUUUAACUGGGAGGUUAUACACCUGUUUUGUCAAUGGAUUGUGCUGCAGGAGGCUGUUUUUCACUCAGUACCAUCAAAUCUAUUCACUGUCACUACUGCCAGCUACAAUAGGUAAAAGAUAUGCAGGCCGUGCAAUAGGGAGCUCAUGACCUGGAGGCUGCUAAUGUGCUUAAAAUUGAAGAAAAUAAAGAAAAGCCAAUAAAAAGAAGAAAGUAAGUGUGGUGGAUUAGCUACGCUGAUGAAAAUACCUCUUAAAACUUCUCUCCUCGGACACAAUGAUGACCUGGAAUUGAGUGAAAACCUCCACCUCUUUUGACAAAGAGACUGUUAAAUCUCAGUCGUAAUUUAUAUGCUGGGACUUAUUCAGCCUGAAAAAGAGUUGACAUUUCCCUGCAUGUGUCAAAAUAAAUGAUAAAGCUACAUACAUUGCUUUCUAUGCACGCAGGUAGUUUGAGCCACUGAUUUACACUGACAGCGCUGGAUGAAGAUGGAUAGAUGGUGCGUCCAGUAACUGGAGAGUGCUAAAUGAGCUGCUGUGUAAGCAGCUUGAUCUCUGGAUGAUUGAAGGCAGAUAGCAUUUUAACUUACCAACAAAGGCACACUAGACAUCCCUAGAUGUCCAGCUGCAGAUAGCAGUAGUUUCAAGUUUUACCGAGCUUGCGAAAGGCCAGGUAGACAGGGUAGGUUAGUUUGUACAAUGAAUCCUAGAGACAGUGUGGAGAUGAUGGAAACCCAGGCAGAAAGUCAGAAGGAAAAGCUGAUUGGAGACAAGGUCAACCCUGAAAACGAGGUUGAGGGUGAAGAUGACAAAAUCCCCGGGGCUUAUGACUGCAACAUCUGUGGACGCAGCUUCCCUUUCCUCAGCUCUUUGUCGCAGCAUAUGAGACGCCACACAGGUGCACGCCCUUACAAAUGCCCCUACUGUGACCACAGGGCUUCUCAGAAGGGAAACCUCAAAGUUCACAUUCGCAGCCACAAACUGGGCACGCUCUCUAGCCACCACUCCAAUGAGGAUGAAGAGGGUGGGGCUGAGGAGGAAGAGAUGAGUGUUUCAGAGGGUCUCGACGGAGGUACAAGUCCAACUAAGAGCAGCUCAGCCUGUAACCGGGUGAUAAAUGGGGAUAGCAGUGAGGAAAGUCGGAGGAAAGUGCCUGGGAGGAGCAUGAAAAGAGAGAAGUCUGUCACUGACCAGAGGCCUUACUGUUGCCGUCUGUGUGGCUACGAGGCGUUGCGAGAAGACCAGCUCCUCAGCCAUAUUGAAAAGGUCCACAUAACAGCAGACACAGAGGAAGAGACCAAUGUUAAGGAAGAGGCUGUGGCCGAACCUGAUGUCCUCCAACCCCAGAAUGAUGGGACCUUCCCCUGUGAGACCUGUGGCCAAGUCUUUACCCAGGCCUGGUUUCUGAAGUCACACAUGAAGAAACAUGCUGGGAUCCUGGACCACUGCUGUCGUAUUUGUGGACGACGGUUCCGCGAAGCUUGGUUUCUCAAAUCGCACAUGAAAACACACAACACCAAAUCCAGGUCACGGUCAAAAGCAGAUUCAGCUGAGCAACCAGCCACCAUCAACGACGUAGCCCAGGAUCCUGAUAUUGUCACUGCCGCUGUCACAUCCAUCUAUCAAAUGUGUUCCAAAUGUGGGAACCUGUUCCACAGCAGGGAGAGCCUGAGGGUCCAUGAAAAAGUCCAUAGUCUCUGCUAUGGCAGAAAAACCCAGAGCCAGUGCAAACUCAGUGAUGAUGAGGACUCACCAGCUGCUAAGAGACGUUACCUUGAGUACUUAAGCCUCCAGCCAGCUGAGGAUAAAACCCUGGAUGAAGAGGAAGAGAGUGAGAAGAAGAUGCUAGGUCAAAGAAUCCUAGAGCUAGAUCCAGUCUGCAGCUACCAAGCCUGGCAAUUAGCUACUAAAGGAAGGGUUGUGGAGCCUGUGGAGCCGAGUUCCAAAGCCUCAUACGGGGGAGGAAGUAUGGGUGAGGAGGCCCUGGCUGGGGCCGCUGUGGUUUUUGAGAAGGAGAGCAGCAGAUAUGUCUUGCAAGGUCAAGAGAAACGCAGCUCGGGGCGACGCAGCAGCACUGGUUUUGGAAGCCAUGCUUCUUCAGGGGACCGGACACCAGAGAGCUUCAGUGACUCAGAAUACCGGCCUUCGUCUCGCCAGGACCGACGACGAUCAUCUCAGUCACAAGGUUCCUCCAAGUCCAACGAGUGUUUUGAGUGUGGGAAGGUGUUUCGCAGUCGUCACCAGAUGAUCGUUCACCAGCGGGUCCACAGAAAGGAUGGAGGAAGGGCAUCUAUGGGGGACAAGGACAGAUCUGCAAGAGAUGACCGAUGGGGCUCCACCAGUGAUCCAGAGUCAGGCUCCCCUAGCCGGCCCAGUACCCCUGGGUAUGGAGACUCUCCACCAGCUUCUACCCUUGGAGACCAGGCCUCAGAGAUGGGUACUGCAAAUUCUGGAGAGAUUACAGAUGAGAAGCCUUACAUCAGCGGCCACUGUGACUUUGUCAGCACAGAGUUGAAGACCUAUUCAAAUCAUGUCCGUGUUGCUCCCGAAGAUAGACCCAGUCCCAUUCCCAGCCCCAGCUCCAGCUCGGACAGAGGUACCCCCAGUGGUUAUCCCAAGCUGAAAAAAGCUCUUCUUCAGGGUUCGAACAACUCUGCAUCCCCUCCUGCUUACCUUUCAGCUCGUUCCUCCCCACUUGAUCCCAGCAUGACCCCUGUGGAUCUGUGUGUGAGGGCUGAGGGCUGCAGGGGCAUAGCCUCCCUAAACCUGGACAGGAAGAGCCUCCCUAACCACAAGUGCUCCUUCUGCUCUCACUCCACCCGCUACCCCGAAGUGCUCUGGAUGCAUCAGACUGUGGCUCACCGCAUCAACAGCAGUAGCUCAAAUAUUGCUCCUAAAUGGGCCCUGAAAAACAGCUCUAAGGCCUCGAGGGACAGCUUAUUAUCCUCCAGGAGACGCACUGGUCCCCCGCCAGUCCUGGAGGGAAAGGAGUGUCCACCGCUGCCUCCACUGACGCGUGCUCAGCGCACCCGGCCCCCAACCUACUCAAGUGAGGUUUUGAAGAAGAGCAAGCCAGCCAGUCAUGCAGCCAUGCCUUCAUCAUCAUCAUCAUCCUCUUCUACCCCCUCCUCCUCGUUCUCCAGGGGCUCCUCAUCCACCUCAAGCACCCCAGCUGGGAGAGUCCCAGCCCGGCCAAGCAGCAGCACCAGCAGCAGUGUCAGACACAUGGAGGACCAGAGUCAUCAGUCUCGCUUCAGACCUAAAGUGGAUAUUUACCCCCGGGGAGGCCCAUUCUCUUCCUCCAGCUCCUUGGAGAAGAGCACUGGUGCCCUCUCACGUUGCUCAGCCCCAAGUCCCAGCUCUGCUACAGCAUCCAGGAUUGCUGACCGCCACUUGAUGCCUCAAGAGGGCCUGGGCUUCAUGCUCUCCAGCAAACAUGGCCUCGCAGAGUACAGCCGAGCUAGGGGUUCCACUCAUCAGCCCCUUCACUCCAACUCCCACAGCCAGGGCCGGGCAAACGCUACGAGACCUAGCACCAUCAUCCAUAGCUCCACAGCAGGACACAACUACGGAGCAUCCCAGGCACAUGGAGGCACUCUGCUGAAUUCCUCCUCUUCCUCUUCUUUGCCUUCAGAGGCUCAGGGAGAUGUGAAGCAGGAGCCAAUUGCAGAGACACCGGAGAUGCCAACUGAUGUCCUCGGCUUCCUCAAAAACUACAGCCCCCAUGAACUGGCUGCCCUGUACCACCGCUGGGGUGCGGCCAAUGCACUGCUGGAUCCUACUGGGAUGCUGAGGUCUCUCAUGCGGCAGGGACAGUAUUUCUGUCAUGAGUGCGGGAAGAGUUUCAGUCAGCCCAGCCACCUGCGCACUCAUAUGAGAUCCCAUACAGGGGAGAGGCCAUUCUGCUGCCACCUCUGCCCAUACCGAGCCUCUCAGAAAGGGAACCUAAAGACGCACGUCCAGAGUGUCCACCAUAUGCCUUUUGACAACAGCCAGUACCCAGACACAAGGAGCUUGUUACUGAGCCAGGAGGAGCGAGGAGCGCUGGCUGCCAAACACCCACCAACGCCACAACAACAGUAGACCAUCUGAUAGACCAGGAUCUAGACUUGGGACCAGGCUAGUCAGGGAAUCACUCAACCUGAAAAACACCAUCACCUUUCCUAAAAAUCAGAGGACUGGAUGUAGGACUCAAGCUUGACUUUUUGAGCCUCUCCUCUCCACCCAACAUCCUUUAAUGACAUUAGAAGAAUUUUGUACAAUGAAGGCUCUGGUAGUUUUUGGAAGGUUUUUUUUUUUUCUAAAUAAGAAGCUAGAUAAAGCUGUGCUAGGUGAUUUAAAAUCAAAAUGUGGGGUCUGCAGCAGAGAGGAGUGUCUUAUCUACUAUUAGAAAGAAUUUCUGGUGAAAUUCUGCAGUUAGAAAUUCAGGUGUUAGGUGUGCACACAGGCGGGACAUCUUCUCUACGCAGAAGAAAUGAACAGUGAAAUAUAAAGUAUCUCCUCAGCAGGAAAUCUGGACUCACCAAUAAUGGAUCUUUUGCUUCUUUUGGUCUUCUUUAGAAUGGCAAAAAAAAAAAAAAGAUUAGAUUGUGUGUAGUUUACAUCACCUUAAAGGAUUUCUGAAUAUAGAAGCCCUUAAAAAGAGUUGUCUCUGGCUGCCAUUUUCGAGGUACCAACAAAUGAAGUUGCCCAGUACAGCUUUACAAAGAAAGCAAAGAUUUUAUGACAAGAAGCAGCAAAACUGAACUUGAGUGCAACUGCUAGCAUUUUAAUGUGGCAUUGCAUGGCUGCUGCUAGUCGCCCCCCUCCCCUACCCCCUUUUUUUCUCUUAGCUUUAUUGUAUAAGAGUUUGUGCAUUCCUCAGGACACCAAUCAUCAGAGAUGAGAUGUGAGAGAAGAUGCUCUGCAAUUCAUCAAAAGUCAACUGACGCAUUGCAAGUUUGUUUCCUCUGGGUUCUAAGUCAUGAAGAGAAGAUGAAGCCUUGCUUCUGUGUGUGUGUGUGUGUGUGUGUGUGUGUGUGUGUGUGUGUGUGUGUGUGUGUGUGUGUGUGCGCGUGUGUGUGUGUGUGUUAAACUCACUUCCCUCCACUCCAGAGUGUAAUGUUAGGAGUGCAGUGACCACUCUGAUGCUGUGUAGCUGAUGAUUAGAAGGAGAGAGAGAGAAAGAGAGAGAGAGAGAGGUAGGAUUAAAAAGAGAGAGAGAGAGAGAGAGAACGCUAAUGGGGGUGUCUACUUUAGUGCUCAUUAAAAAGAGUGCACGUUUUUAAUAGCCAAUAUAAACGAGCGUACCAUUUUUAUGGCCAUUCAAUUAUUGUCCAUUUAAGAGGACGGGACUGAGUGGAGGCAGUUUUCCUUCAUAACUCCUUUAUAUUAGGGAGUGUUUCCGACACUUCUGACUUUGAAUGAGACUGACUCCAAAAUAAAUGACAGAACCAUGCUAGUUCAGCUGUGGAUUGCAUAGAUUAAACUCCAGCUUGUGUACUUGCAAAAGAGAAUAUGGUACUGCUGGUGUUAGCCAGAAAAGAUGCGUCUCAAUUUCAUAUUGCUGAAGGACAACACUGACCUUUUGGCCGGUUGUUUUCCUUAACCCAAUAUGCAAUGAAAGCUUUGGUACCAAAACUAAUCCAGUCCCUCGGUAGAAAGCCUGCAACAGUCAGCAACACAUGGUAAUCUCAGGGGUUACAAGAUCUUAGCCAGAUAGGAGAUAACCAUAUGUAUUUUAUAUAAAAAUAGGUGACUCACCUUUUUUCUUGUAAAAUAAAGGAAAGUUUUACCCAUUCAGGCCUCUAAAAGUUACUCAAAACAUUUUAGAAGGAAGGUUCAGAAGCAGGCUAGCUCUUUCUUCCUGUUCCCGGCCUUUGUGCGAAGCUAAGCAAACUGGCUGCUGGCUAUAGCCCGAGAUUGGUAUCAAUCUUCUCAUCUGUCCCUCAGCAAGAAAGUGAACUAGCGUAUUUAUGUAUAUAUGUUUAAGCAGAGUAAUGAGCUAAACUCCCAUGCUGUCAGUCUAAUUUUUUGAAUGGUGAUGUGAAGAUUUGCAUUCUGGGAGGAAAGAGUAAGGAAGUCAGAGAGAGAGAGAGAGAGAGAGAGAGGGAGAGAGCAACCAGAGGUCAAGAGGGCAGGCUUCCAGAGAGUUCAGGUCUGAAUACACAAGAUGGAGAUGUUUUGAAGCCUAUUGAAUUGUAGAGCCAUCACAGCCUUAACACAGGUGUGGGUGAGAGUGUGCAUUUAUGCAGGUGUAUGUGCAUUCUUUUCAAACCUCUACACAUUGUAUGAGAGGUUGACUAACUUCUGUGUACGCCAGCCUCCCUCUAGAUGCUUUGUAUACUAGCCUACCUCCUUUGCAAUGAAAGCGUGUUUUGAAGUAUAUUGGCUGGUAUGAAGCAGGGGCUGUUCAUUGCUCAGAGAAGAUGUUCUCUUUGAGUCCUGGGCUUGGUUUUAACUCUCCUCCAUGAUUGAAAAAGCCACAUUGGGGAAAAAGAAGAGAAGAGAAGCAAGGUAGUUCAAAGCAGCUCGACUUACAGAGCAAGAGUAGAACUGUGGAUUUGCGGAGACAUCUUUGUACGCCUAAAAUCAAAAUUCAAACCAGUUAAAGAUCACGGAGCAUACAGAGUACUGUACUUCCCAUCUAUUUUGAGACCUCAGUAGUUUUUACAGGAUGAUGAAAUGGUUGCUAUAGCAGUGGGUUGUUGAGUUAUGCAUACAAUACUGUGUGCUUGAAUAUGCCUAAUAAUACACAAACGUGUAUAUUGAAGGUGUGGGUAGUGAAAAUACUUGAAACGGAUACUCUAGCCUUCGAGGUAGUGUAGUACUAAUACCAAUGUUGUACAGAAUUCCCUUUAAGAUUAACUUCUCAGUUAUGAAUUUGUACUCCGAAGUGUGACUUAGAAAAACUAUGAAGCAGGAGUGAGUGUAUGUAAUAUAAACUGUAUAUCUGUAAUCCACUCUUACCAAACCCUUAUAUACAGCGGUAGAAACCAAAUGGCAUUACUAGUGCACUUAGACUAGGUUACUGCUUUAACCAUUCUUAUGUUGUCCAACUCUAGCUAAGGUUUCUUUGAGAAUGUCUUUUUAAUGGUGCCAGCUAACACACUUCAAUGUCAUUUCUGGUUUAGAGGCUUUUUGUUAGGAUAAUUCCAUAGAUUUUAAUGACAAAUGAUUUGUUCUGUGACGGCUGUGUGACACAGCCAUGUUUCCUCAUGGAAAGUUUGAUGAUGCUAGGCGCAGCAGUGCUUAUUUUUUCAUAAAGAUGUAAGAGUGUGUUUUUAGUCUUUCUCUUUGCUAAACUGUAGGAUUUGUUCAGUAGCUAGUCAUGGCUGCCCUCCCAGAGGGGCUGGCAGGUGUUGUUCAUUUCUCUUUGGUUGGGUUUUUAUCAUGCCUCUUAAGUUGUAUUAUUUGUGUCCGUAUUGCUUUUUUAAAAUUUGUUAUGAACUUCAUGAUUAAUUUACCUUAGAAGACAUUAUUAUUCCAAAUGUAUUUGGUUGAUAUCUGUAUUUAUUAUCACUUCAAAAAGGAUAAGAGGACAGAGGCAGACAGGAGUUUGUUUAAUUUGAUUUCUUUCUGGGUUGUUUUUGUUUUUAUACUGUGUAGUUUUCAUGCCAGCAAGCCGAUGUGAAAGCUCUACCUCGUCUGAGCCAUUCUCAGUUCUGUUACACUUUUGUACAUCAUUUCAAAAAGAUGUAAUGUCAUGUCCACAAUAAAGACACACAAAAUGGCA